UGCGACCGUGUGCUGUCAUGUGCACUGUGAUUCUUUACACUCCUCUAAAAUGCGGUUAAUAUGUUUUUGGUGUUUCGUGGUGGCGUCGGCGCACGCGCAGAGUGAUUACUACGCGCCACAAACGUACAGACAAAAUACAGUAGACGGGUACCAGAAAGGUCUGUUCACACCAGCCAAUGACGUCGCGUCCCAGAGCACGUAUACGCAAGCGUGGCGACCUCCGCCCGGACCCUCCGGUGCCGAGGCUUGGCGAGAACCCAACUCAAUCGGUCCCUCGCCGAACUCGAAGCCCGACCCGUGGCGGCUGCCGUACCCAGUGAGCAAGGAGCAGCAGGCCGCCAUCCUGCACCACAAGCAAGCCCUUACCUCUGAGGGUAGUUUCCGUUUCGAAUAUGCGUCAGACAACGGCCUCGCUGCGGGAGAGCAGAUAGAACCCGACGGCUCCCGCGUCGGCGCCUACCAGUACAAGGACCCCAGCGGACAGGUGGUCAAGCUCAAGUACCGCGCCGGCAAAGAGGGCUUCCAGAUCCUCGAAGGAAGCCACAUACCGAAAAGUCCUGAACCUCAGCCGCCGCACAAUCAAGAUAACUACUAUCAACAAGCAUACGCUCAACAAAGACAACAGUACAAUUUACAGCAGCAGUACAAUCAGCAGAAACCAGAACCGCAGCAGCACUGGAGGCAAAACCAGGGUUACGAGGGGGGGCAGCGGCCAGCUGGCGGCCAGUAUUUCGUGCAGAACUGGAGGGCUCAGGACCUAAGGAACGAUGAUGGACAGUACCGCGAUAACGAGGUUGAAGAUAAAGGCCCGCACAGCUUCGGCGAAGGCUACGCGUUCGCUUUUCAAGGAUAAUCGACGUCAUUAUUUGUAAAUUAAAUUUCGAAUACAGAAACAGAAGGAGGUGACAUUAUUCUUGUGUUGGUGUUCAAGCGAGACGGAACAAUAUUUGAAAUUAGAACAUUUAUUAAAUAUGCGAGAAGGAAACAGGGCUAUUUCUGUAACUGUUGUGUGAACGGGACAGACGAAGCGAUUAAAAUUAAUCGGAUUGCGUAAUUAAUUGAAUGCUUAAGCUAUUAUAAUCGCUUUUAUGUCGAAAAAGGGCACUAAUUUGUCAUAAUUCCUACAAAAGCGUUAAAAGAGAUAGCGUUAUAUAAACUGUUGUGGUGGAAAAAAGACAGAUAUACCUAUAAAAAAUCGUUCUAAAUGUUAGUACUGAUCAUACAACAGUUAUGCAGAAUGUUUAUCAAACAAUUUGUGUAUAGAUCUUCUCUUUGACAAUAUUUGGGACUAAGUCAUCGACAUAUUGUAUGUUUAAAUAAAUAUAUGUUUAAGUGAAUUAAAGAUAUUCAUAAUGUU